AACUUUCUAAACUGCACCUAGCUUCUGGGAGAGCAAAAGAAACAGAAAUGCAUCCUGUUUGCUGUGUGCCAACCUUAUUAAGCCUGACAAAUGGAUAUUUUCUUAAAGGGUCUCUUAGAGCCUUCUCAGAGGGACAUCUUCAAUCACUUGACACGGACAAAAACAACCAUGGCAGUCCCUUUUAAGAGCGCACUGAAAGAUCGGGCUUUGGUAUCAAGCAAUAUUGGCAUCCCACCGCAUCUGAUCCACCGCAUCCAGUAUCCAGCCUACACUAGUCACACAUCUCCCGUGGUCAAGAAGCUUGCGGAGCAAGACAAAUUAAGAAUUUCCAAGUUGCUGUCAGCACCUCGGAUAAGCAUUCAAGGACUGAGCAGCAGGGAGAACAGCCUUGCUCACAUCCCCCAGCAGAAGCACAGCCGCGGGUCUCAAGACGUAGGUGUGGCUGCUGAAUCAAGUCCAGCAGUGUCACGAUUCAGCAUAGCAACUAGUCCCCUUUACGUUAGCAGGGAAUUCUUUGAUGGUGGCCUAGUCCCCAUAAGCAGCUUUUUCCCAGAGGGAGCCUCAGCUCCAGGUAACUUUGUCAUUUUUGCCAAAAAAAGAGCCCCUUUCUGUGUGUUACCAAUGAAGCCACUAGAUGCCUCCAGUAUCAGAAAAGGCAAGAAGAUGCAAAAAGCCUCCUCGGAUUGGUCCACAUUAAAAUCCUUCGGCAACUAAUAUUUAUUUUUGGGCCGUUUUCUUUAGAAAUCCAGACAGGAGGGUUCAUUUAUGUGGGAUAUAUUGUGCAGAAGAAAAGACUGACCAGAAUGAGAGCAUAUGAAACCAGAUGUCAAACAUUAGAGGUCUUUUCACACUCUCACAGAAGUGGCUGAGCACAGUAGGUUAUGGGGCCACAGAUCUGUGCCUGAUCAUGCCAGCUCCUGCCCACCCAUUCUUGCCCCAGAAAUGCUUUGCCUUCAAGUGCUGGACACAAUUUCCCAGUGAUGUAUCUCGCUGAUAUAAAAAAUGGUUAAGGAUAUGGUCACACUGCAGUUUGCUUGGCUGCAGACAGGUGGUGCUGUAAACUACAGUGUGGCAAGCUGGUGGGCAGGUAGGCGGCCCAGGUGAGGAGAGGAGGAGUGAUCCAGAGAGUAGAGAUGCAAGCCUAGGUGAGGUGAGUAGGAGGGAACUGGAGAAGGGAGACAUAAAAACGCUGGGAUAGCUCAGUUGGUAGAACAUGAGACUCUUAAUAUCAGGGCCAUAGGUUCAAAUCCCGUGUGGGGCAAAAUAUUCCUGCAUUGCAGGAGGUUGGACUAGAUGAACCUCAGGGUCACUUCCAACUCUACAUUCUAUGAUAAGCAGGAAGCCCAGGCAAGAGAACCAAGUGAGGUGAGGAGGUGGGAACCCAAGGACAGAGAUGCAGGCAGGUGGAUGGCCCAGGAGAGUGGUCCAGGAGACCCUCAGAGGUAUGGUAAGAUCUGAGACAUUCUUUGGGUGAGCUGUAAAGGCAGGGGGAGAGGGUUGGUGAGGUUGGCGACUGAAGUGAGUAGGGAUGCAGCCCCUAUUGUGUACAUAGAAUCCCACUGCCCAUAUUUAGUACAUGCAAUUGCCUGCACCCUUGAUUUUGAGAAGGUUCACGUGUCAUUAAGCAUAUGAAUGUAAGAUGCUAUAAGCAGAGUCUUGGUAGCUGCACAUUUAUUGUGAGGGCAAAUAAGAUCAACCCUGUAAGAUCAGUUCAAGGCCCAUCUGGUCCAGCAUUCUGUUCAUUUGGUGCCCACUUGCGAUUCCCAGCAUACUGCUUCUGACUAUGGAGGUGGAAUAUAGCCAAAGAGGCUCAUAACGGUUGUUAGCCAUUGUUACUUUACUGGGUGAAAAACAGGGUAUAACUUGAGGAGAAAUGAACACAGAGGUUCGUCUUCCUUAGGCCAGGUUGACACAGAGGAAUAACUCCUCCCGAACCGCUUUUCCCUCCAGCUCCUCAAAUGGUCAAAUCUCAGCAGUCUUCCUCACUGCCAGCCAACUUCCAACUGACUCGAGUCUCCAACUCAUCAGUCUGCUGUCACACUUGCCAAUUACAAAAGUACCACCCCCCCAUACAAAGCUGCAAACUGAACAUUUGCUGUGCUUCCAACAGUUCCCUCAUGACCCAGUUUCCUGCUUCUCUUUUAUGGACUCUCCUGAGGACAGCAGGGUUGGAAGGGGUUGUGCCCAGAUCAGUUUAAAUGACCACC